AAAAUUGGGGAUUUGAAGUUGUUAAAUACUAACGCAAAAUGAAGAGGCAAGGAAUAAAAUUGGUUAAGAUGGUGAGUUUUGUGGUGUUUCUUUCCUUCCUCAUCAGCUUCCCCAUCCAUGGAAGCGCAGAGUUUUAUCGAGACCCCUUCCGUUACUGCUCCAACGCCACCUUCUCACCCAACUCCACCUACCUUUCCAAUCUUCAAAUCCUCUCUUCCGCUCUCUCCUCCAAUGCUUCUCACAAUUUCUAUCACAAUUCUUCGGUAGGCAGACAGAAAUCUCCUAAUUCCACCGCUGUAUACGGCGACUUCCAGUGCCGUGGGGAUCUCAACGCCACCGCUUGCCGACAGUGCGUGGCCACGGCCACUGCCAAUUCCACGCAGAGCUACUGCCCUCGUAGUGUAGAGGCGGUUAUUUGGUUGGACGAGUGCUUUUUGCGAUAUUCCAAUGAAUCUUUCUUUUCCAUCGUGGCCGAACAGCCGACGUUGAUUUUGAUUAAUAACAAUGCGAUUGAGGAGGAUGAAAGUGGGUUUGAUCGGAUUGUGGGCUCUGCGUUGAACCAUACGGUUGCUAAUGCUUCUUCCGUGAAAGGGGCGUUGAAAUUUGCGACCAAGGAAGCUAAUUUCAAAGACGCGAUUGUUUACACGCUGGCUCAGUGUACAGGGGAUUUGUCCACUUCUAAUUGUGGGAAAUGCUUGAGAGGCGCUCUUCAAAAUUACCCUGGUUGUUGCAGCGGUAAAAAGGGUGGUAGAGUCUUGUCUCCCAGUUGUAUGAUCCGUUACGAGCUUUAUCCUUUUUACGGCGGCGUUUCCCCCUCUAACGCUAUUUCCACACCCCCUGCUUCUGCCCCUGCUCUGCCUCCGCCGCCGGAAUCUUCUCCCGAUUCCAACCCUUCUACGUCUGAGCCUCCCUCCCCUCCGACGGCUUCUAUGUCAGCUCCGCCUCCUCCGUUGUCCUCCUCCCCUCCCUCUCCGGCACCCUCUACGGCCUCUCCUCCACUACUUUCAGGAAAAGGGAGAGCGACGGUGGCUAUGGUGAUGGGCAUAGUUGUUGCAGGCUUUAUUCUGCGGAGUGUGUAAUUUUUGACGUGUAGCCUUAAAAUAAAUAAAAUUAUUGUGGGAGAGAUUUUAUUAGACUCAAUUACUUGUAAUACUUAAUUUAGCGGGUAGUUUGUAUUUAUUUUUAUGUUUAAUAUAUAAGUUUAG